AUGGUGCCUUCCAAGUCACAUAUCUUUCCCAACAACAUGGGACCUCAUACCAACAAUCGGAUGGGGCAGUCUCGGCCACCUAAUGGAGAAAACUCGACAAUGGCGCCUGUUACCUCGCAUACCUCUUCGAUCGAGAUGGGCCCCCUUGUUGACAAUGACACGGACCAUUUUCAGCCAUCCAAGUCAGAGAAUAUGGACUGGAUGAGGGACUUUGGAUUGGUAGAUGAAGGUUUGAUUCAGCAGCCUACCCCAUCCAGCGAGUUUUUCCAAAGCCAGUCCAGAGUUGAGCCACAGGCGACACAACAGGGAGCUCAAGAGCAGGGGCAACUUAUGUCAUCCACCGACUUUGAUCGAGCGUGUACCGCGGAUACCAAAGCAUCUGUUGAGGGUAAUCAAGUUCGAAAUGACAACAACAAGGCUGAGGGAUCCGGCAUGAAAAUUGACCAAGCCCAAUGGCAAGAGCUGAAGGACGACAACAUAUGUAUUCAAGAAGCGAUUGGAGGUCUCCAUUUGCACUCGACCACCCACUACCAAUCUCUGCUCAAACAACUACAAGACAACAGAAGGUAUUUCGAAGUCCUAUUCGAAGACCUGAAAAAACAGAUGGAGGAGUCUCUCAAUCAAGGAAAAUCGCCUGCUGCAGUGACAGUAGAGAGUGAACUAGCGCAGGAAAAAGAACGACGCCGAAAGCUGGAAUCGGACUGUCAAAAACAGGCGCAGGAAAUAAUUGAAUUGAAGUUGGAGGUUCAGGGGUUGUUAGGAAUUUGCCAGCAGUUGAAUGAUAGAAUUUCCAAGUUGGUACAGCAACCUCAAGUCCAAGGAGCGCCAGUUCAGCAAUUCCAAGCUCAGCAACUCCAAGCUCGGAAACGCCGAGUUCAGCAACUCCAAGCUCAGCAACUCCAAGCUCAACAAUUUCAUAUGCAAGCUCAGCAACUCCAAGCCCAGCAAUUCCAAGCCCAUCAGCCCCAAGUCCUGCAACCCCAAGUCCUGCACCUCCCAAUGGAGUUGCCCCAGCAGUUUCAUGAACACUUGAUGAACUUUUGCCAGUCGGUACCCAUUCCCCCCGAACUAAACGGAAUAGGGAACAGCUUUGAACAGCACUCAGGGCUUAAAGAGCACCAACAAGGGCCGACAUCAGUUCCCACCUCUGCGGACUUCCAGUUCGGAUUCUCGACUAACGGAGUUUUCGAGGGAUCUAAGAGAAUGGGAAGGCCCGAAAACCAGAAAAGAGGACGAGAGAAGAAUUCGGAAAAGCUCCAGUAA